AUGAAGGAAUCUCUAAAUGGAAAAUUGCAGCUUUCUGAAGGUUAUCUUGCCUUUGUGGCUGAUGAUGCAAAAAGUUGUAAUUUUGUAUUACCGUUAUAUACCGUGAGAAGAGUCGAAAGAAUUAAUAGCGGAACGCAUAAUUUUGCGCUUUCAAUAUUAAAUUGGCACCAAAUGAAAUUAAUUUUGCAAAUUAAUGGACAUAAGGUUACUUUUGAAAAAUUUUGUAACACAAUACGCGACAACCUUAAAAACCAGGUACGCUAUAUGAAGAACUUAAGAUCUUUUUUGAGUACAUGUUUUUCGGAGGCUUUACUUGUAGAUCCAAAAAAAGAUAUUUCAACUGGUGGAUUAGGAUUGAUAUUUGGAUUUCCUGGUGAUGUUAAAAAAUUAAGAGAUAGAUACAAAACAAAGCUAUGGAUUGAAUAUUUACAGACAAAUGGCAGGAAUUUGACAUUGGUAAAAGUUCCUUAUUUUUCCAAACUUGUUCGUGUCGGAUUACCAAACAAAUUACGUGGAGAAAUUUGGGAACUUUGUUCCGGAGCAAUUUUUUUGCGAUUUGUAAACGAUGGGAUGUAUGAGAAAUUACAGAAGGAUAAUGCUGGUAAAGUUUCUCUUUCAACAGAAGAGAUCGAAAAGGACUUGAAUAGAUCUCUCCCUGAAUAUCCUGCUUAUCAAACCAAAGAAGGGAUAAAUACUCUGAGAAGAGUAUUAACAGCUUAUUCUUGGAAAGAUCCUGAAUUAGGCUACUGCCAAGCCAUGAAUAUUGUUGCUUCUGCUAUCUUAAUUUAUAUGAGUGAAGAACAAGCAUUUUGGACUUUAAGUGUUUUAUGUGACAGAUUGAUACCAGGAUAUUAUAGCACUUCAAUGUAUGGAGCUAUUCUGGAUCAAAUAAUAUUUGAACAUUAUGUUCAAAAUAAGAUGCCUUUACUUUAUGAACAUUUUCAAAACGUUGAUGUACAGCUAUCUGUCGCUUGUCUUCCAUGGUUUCUAAGUUUGUAUAUAAAUUCCAUGCCCCUUCUUUUUGCUUUUCGAGUGCUUGAUUGUUUCUUUAUGGAAGGUCCCCGAGUAUUAUUUCAAAUUGGUCUUGAAAUUUUUUUGAUCAAUUCAGCUAUCCUCAAAAUAAAUGGAGACGAACUUUUGACAAUUACCGAUGAUGGGCAAUUCAUACAUGUAUUAAAAAAAUACUUUAGCACAUUAGAUCAGCCAGCCCAUCCUAAUAAUAAGAAUCAAAAGAUUCGAGAAAUUACUAAAUUUAAUGAAUUGAUGAUGGUUGCUUUCAAAGAAUUUUCAAACAUCACAACCGAAAGUGUGAUAGAACUUCGUAAGACACAUCAAUUUAAAGUAAUUCAUAAUAUUGAAAGUUUCACAAAGCGAGGACAAAUAAGAAAUUUGAAAGAUACUUCAAAAUUUUCAAAAAAUGACAUUUCUAUUAUUUACGAUAAGUUUUAUAAUGCGCAGUUUUAUGGUAAACAAAAAAGCGUGCGAAAUGAUUCUCGAAUGGACUUGAAUACAUUUUACCGAUUUUUAGGAAGUAUCUCCAGCUGGGCCAAAUUAGACGAUGAAAAUCUUACAAAGGAAAAUGGUUCACCAAGAGAUAAUCAAGGACGAAGAUUGGUAGGAUAUGAAUUUAUCCAUAAGCUAUUUAUUCAUUUUGAUCAAAGUCAAUCUGGUGGACUUACACUUCAAGAUGUUAUAUGUGGACUUGGAAAGAUUAUUUUUGGAGAUCUUAUGUCACGGAUAGAACUAUUUUUUAAUUUACAUGAUAGUGAUUUGGAUGGAUAUCUUUUCAAGGAAGAGAUAUUGCAAAUGUCGGAAAGUUUUUUAUUCAUAUUUAGAAAUCGAAAUGACGAUGGUCAUUUAGGUUCUGUAUCAAAUUUUAUAAGAAAUGCUUUUGAAUAUACAGAUUCUCAUAAUUUGAGAAUGUCAUUACCAUCAUUUCGUAUGGUAGUAUUAGCAGAUGGUUACCUUGAAGAAUUUUUUGAUUCAGGAUUUGCGUCGUCAUUUCAAUUUAUUGAACCAACAGAAGAAAGAUCAAAAGGACUUGGAAGAGAAAUAUUUAAUGCAUUAAUGUCAGAUGGUAUGAGAUUAGCAGAAAAAUUUGGCAAAAGAAUUAACCAUGCAAAACCGAAAUCACAUAUACCAUCAUCACCAGAUCAGAAUAAUUCUUCAAAUUCGAAUAGAAAUGAUAUGACUUCCCAUGUUCAAUCGUUAGAGAGUUCAAAUAAUAAUGCAGAAAGUAAUUAUAAUGAUUCUUCAUCAUUAAUGCCAAGAAAUAAUUCACAAGAUUCGUUUAUAUCAGUUGAAUCACAGAAAUCAUCAAAAAUGCAAAGAAAUGAGUCACCCGUUUCAUUUGGUUCUGAUGAAGAAGACGAUGGACUUAUGCAAGAAGUUGAUAGAUUACUAAGUGAAUUUAGCAUUGAUGAAAAUGGUAAAAAAUUGACCUUUUUCUUAUAG